GAACGCGACUUCGGCUGGAACGGCAUUCUGAUCGAGGCCAAUCCGACUUAUUGGUGGGGCCUGCUGCAUCGCAAUGCCAGCCUCUUCCUGGGACCUGUUGGUGCUGAGGACGAGAAGGUCACCUUCCAGCUCCACGAUGAGACAUCUGGCAUUGUGGGCGAAAACUUCGAUGCAAAACCCAAAAAAGAGUGGAAAGAGACAUUCUCCUACACGACGACCUCUCUGGCGAGC